AUCGCAGGCAGGCUAAGCUUUCAACCCCUGUCUCCGUGGUAGCGUGCCAUGUGUUGCUGGUGCUCCUGCCUCGAGUGCAUCCAUAACAUCCCUCCCCUCAAUCUCCUCUUCCCCCACUUCGACUCCACCUCGGCUCCAGGACACGAGGAGGAAGAAGAAGCAGCACCUGUCGCCUCCAUGGCUUCCAUCUCGGUCCCGGACCCAGUCCCUUCCCCGACUGAAGAUGCGGAGAACAUAAGAAAAGCAGUACAAGGAUGGGGGACGGACGAGAAGGCGCUGAUCGAGAUACUAGGCCACCGGACGGCGGCGCAGCGCGGGGAGAUCGCCGUGGCCUACGAGGGCCUCUACGACGAGACCCUCCUCAGCAGGCUCCAGGCCGAGCUCUCCAGCCACUUCAAGGGCGCGAUGACGCUGUGGGCGAUGGACCCGGCGGCGCGGGACGCCAAGCUGGCCUACAAGGCCCUGAGGAAGAAGGGCGGCGAGCGACACGCCUGGCCGCUCAUCGAGGUGGCCUGCGCGUCGACGCCGGACCACCUCGUCGCCGUCAGGAAGGCCUACUGCUCCGCCUACGACUCGUCGCUCGAGGAGGACGUGGCCGCCUGCGCGCUCUACAAGGAUCCCCUCAAGCAGUUCUUGGUGCGGCUGGUGAGCUCGUACCGGUACGCCGGCGAGCACGUCGACGACGAGCUGGCGAGGGCGGAGGCGGCCGAGCUGCACGCCGCGGUGAUGAUCAAGAAGGAGGCGCUGCACGGGGACGUGGUCCGCGUCGUGUGCUCUAGGAGCAAGCCGCAGCUCAAGGCCACGUUCGAGCGCUACAAGCAAGAUCACGGCAAGGCCAUCGACGAGGUCCUUGAAGGGAAUCGCAACGACAAGCUCUCGGCACUGCUGAAAACCGCUGUUUGGUGCUUGACAUCGCCUGAGAAGCAUUUCGCAGAGGUGAUCCGGACCUCAAUCAUCGGGCUCGGCACGGACGAGUCGUCCCUGACAAGAGGGAUCGUAUCACGCGCCGAGGUCGACAUGAAGAAAGUGAAGGAUGAAUACAAGGUGAGGUACAAGACCACAGUUACUGCGGACGUAGUUGGCGACACUUCAGGGUACUACCAGGGCAUCCUGCUCGCCCUCAUCGGGCCCGAGCAGCCAUGAACAGGAUUAACAAAAGCCCGAGGUAGCCGUCGCAUAUGUUUUUGACUUUGCUCACUGGAUUGGAUAGAAUGGCAUCAUCAUGUGUACAAUCUAGAGAGCGAACUGUCAGCGUUGUUAAGUAAGACCCGGUGAUAAUUUAUUUGGUGUAUUCAGCACCGGUUUGAGCCAACAUUAUUUCUAUUGCAAUUUGAUUAUCCAAA